AUGAGACAAACAGCUAUUAAAUUGUUUGUGACAUUUUCUGGUUUGAACAAACUAGACUGUGGACCAUUCCCUUUGAUACAAAAAGUCAAAGAAGUCCUGGGAAACCUGGCGACCAUUGGCACCAAGAGACUUGUCGUCUGCGAGAACAACAAGAGGGUAACAGUCACGUGUCUUGCUUCAGCGAAGUGGUCUCAUGGAGAACUGACUUGUCUAGUCAACUGUGGCAAUGCUCCGACUGUACAAAAUGCAACCUCAACUUCUUCUAGCGAAUCAUGGCGUGAUAGCAUAGUUACAUACACGUGUCAAACAAACUACGCCAAGUUUCCUACUACUGCACAGAACUCCGUCGAGUGUAUGCCUGACGGACAAUGGUCAAAUAUAACGUUCAUAUGUAAAUUCAAUUGCGGUGAGCCGUACGUUAAGCAUGCGCAAGCUUCAUUUAACUCAACGUUUGUGGGAUCUCAAGUGACGUAUACGUGUAACGAGGGUUAUGUACUACAACCGCAAGAUGCAAACACGUCCAGAUUCUGCAUAGAGCCAACGUUCUGGAGUCUGCAGAAUUUUACGUGCCUUGCAAACUGCUCCGAGCCGCGAUCAAUAGACAAUGCGACGAUGGCGUUCAAUUCCACUCUUCAAGGAAGCAUGGUCAAUUACACGUGUAUUGAGCCAACUGCGGUAUACCAGCCCGAUUACCCUUCGGACUUUUAUUGCAAUGAAUUACGACAGUGGGAACCUACCACUGCAUAUGAGACAAUUUCGUGUGAACUUUAUUGUAAAACACCGCCCAGUAAAGAAAAUGCCAACAGGCCCAACAGCCUUGUCACAUUUUUGAAUGGCACGGCGAAAUAUUCUUGCAAUCGGGGUGCACGAUUCGACACAUACCCACCCAAUGACACAAUUGUUUGUGAGCGGCCAACGGAAUCAAAUGAGUGGACACAGCCCAACUUUGAAUGCAUCAGUAAGAAAAUGUGA